GUGCGUGCGUGCGUGCGUGCGUGCGUGCGUGUGUAUGUAGAGAGGGGGUGGGUGCUGGGGGCAGGGCGUACCUACACCAGACCGGGGCUGAGCAAACAAGAGCGCCCAAUGCAUUUGCAUCCCUCACCAGAGACAAGCAAAUAUUGAAUAUCCUCUUGUCACAGGAGACAAAGAGUAUUCUCUUUCUCUCUCCACCUGUUGUGGAAAUUGAAAAGAAUCCUGGGAGAAUGUGCGAGAGAACAAAAAAAACUUCGCAAUUAGAUGUAGGCUCAUGCUUUCAUCCACAAUGAUGAAAAUAAUCAUUGUUGUACUUGUUUAAUCGCUGCACUUUCAUUAAAAAUAAUGCUGGAUAGUUUCUUUGCUUCUGCCUUUUUUCCUUGUGAAGUCUCUUCUCUGUGCUUCCGUCUCUGCGUGUGUGUGUGUGUGUGUGUGUGUAUAUGUAUAUGCUUUUGCAUGGCAAAAUUUUUUUGAAUUUCAUGCUUGUGGUCGGGGACCGCCUCGCUAAUGCCGUCUCGUCUUUCGCAGGUCAACGUGCAGGGUGAAGAUGUUCAGGGCCUCGACACAGGUCUGGAUGGCAGCCAGCCCCCAGGAGAGCAGGAUCAGAUGGCGGUGGAGGAUAAGAACUGCAAGGACCCGGCGGAGCUGCCCCAGGAGCUGGCCUGCUCCCUGUGCAAGCGGCUGUUCGGCAGCCUGGACCAGCUGAGGGAGCACGAGUAUCGGCACACGGUGUCCCUCAUGGCGCUGUCCUUGGACUGCUUCGACAUGCAGCGCCCCCUGCUGGUCCCCGAGUCCCCGGUCCGCUACUUGUGCUCGCAGUGUCCAGCCAGCUUCACCCUCAAGUCCAACGCAGACCGGCACGAGAAGACCAUUCACUUCAAGCGGAAGAUGAUGCAGUGCGCCUAUUGCAUGAAGCACUUCCGGGACCGCACGGACCUGAACCGCCACCUGUCCUCCGUGCACUCCAGCGAGCGCGUCUUCGUCUGCCCCCUGUGCGCCAAGGCCUUCAGCACCCAGAAGAACCUGGCCACCCACACGAAGGUGUGCUACCAGGCCGGUGGCAUGGUGGAGCGCCUCUGGGAACUGCUCCCGCUGAAGAGUGAAGCCAGAGACCAGGCCCAGGACCAUGACUGACGCCGCCCACGGCCGGCCCGUUCCGAGAUCUCCCGUCACGCAGUGUUCUUCGCCGCAUCCAACACUCAAGACAGCCUAUGUUUCUCGUGGAUGUCAAUUUGAAUAUAUGCAAAGCACUGUUAUUUUUUCUACCGCUUGUGUAUUAUUUGUAUAUUUUGUAUUUUGAAUUAAAGAAUAUCUAUUUAAGGAUCUGACAUUUUAUAAUUCUGGUCCACUUUAAUAGCUGAAAAGCAUAACUGCUGCGCACAAAAAAGGAGGGAAAAAAAGAGAACGGUUCAGCACUUCUCAGGCCAGGGAGCAAGGUGCCCGUGUCUAUCGCUGUUUUUCGAGAUGUGGUUAAAGGAGACGUUACAUGAUCGUGCUCGAGGAACGCCGUACUCGUUUGUGGCCGCUAAACCUGGGUGGCGCUGCUCCGUGUGAGCGCUCCUCGUGUGUGUGUGUGUGUGUGUGUGCGCGCGCGUGCGCGCGUGUUCUAUUCGUCCCUGGGUUCCGCUCACUGCUCUGUGCAGCCUGGAAGGCUGCCAUCCGUUGCCCUUUAAAAACUCAACCUUCUGAGGGUCUGUAACGCAGAAGUGCGACUCCCCUAUCAGACACACACCAGCGCCACCUAUUGGACCGUAAGGUGGCUCAUCUUAUCUUUGUGUUUCCUGUCUUGUGUUGUUUGAUUCACCGCGGUGAAGCUGCGAGAUGAGAUGACAUUUGUUGCAACAAAUCCUUCUCCCUCUGCUGUCCUCAAUGCCUUUGUCUGAGCUGAACUGAAUAAUUGCGGUAAUUGGCUCUGCGCUGGCCUGGCCCCGUUUGACCUCCGACCCCGGAUGAAAGAAUGGGAGGAGAGUUGUAGGCGUGGUGGGCCAGCAGAUAGGGCUGUGACCUCUUGUGAACUGCACGGUGACCUCAUGGUGAUGUCAAUACACCAGGGGAUGAAUAAGUAAGGCCUCUCCCCAAGUGUGCAUUGGGUUAAGAAAUAGGGAGGUUGGAAAUGAGCAGGGAGCACAGAAGUUCAGGCUUUGCCUCACACAUGCUUUAAAAGUGACGUCUUGACUUUGCCUGCUUUCUAAUGAAACAAAACUGUAAAUAAAUAAAAGCAGCUCUUCCUUCGCAUGAGCACCCAUCAGCGUGGACUGGUGCGCAGAGGCAUCAAAAAAAAAAAAAAAAAAAA